AUGCCAGACUACCGCAUAAAUGGUGAGAUGAAAAAAGUCAAAAAAAAAUUCUGGAUCGCACUUUCGUGUACAUUGCUGACGAGCUCUGCCGCAAAACUAGAAGCAAAUGCAAUAACUAGAGUAGGUUACAGGUUAUUUGCAGUUAAGAAUAAUGACACGUGUUCAGCAGAUGCUACUGCAGCGCAGAAAGCUAAAAAACUUAAGGAAUGUAAGAAGUGUGGUUUUGGGGACACGAUUGGACACAACGCAUUUCAGGUUUACACCAUUAGAGAUUUACGUUGCCAAGGAACGCUUGGUAUGGAAAGUGGUGCAAUCACCGAUGAGCAGAUAACUUUCUCGUCCCAAAAACACAGGGAUAACGCGAAAAUUGUAAGAUUACAUCACACAGGGAAGACUUGGAUAGCUGAUAAGAAGGAUAUUAAUCAGUGGCUUCAGCUCGAUCUCAGAGCUCAAAACACUGAAGUAACACGAGUAGCAACACAGGGAUCCCAUCAACAUAACAAAUGGGUGAAGAAGUGCAAGCUACAAUACAGCAACUAUGGAGUGAGAUUCCAAAACUACACGGAACAAGGACAAACCAUAUCAAAGGAAUUUGACGGAAACACAGACCAGAACAGUGUUGUUUAUCACGAUCUGAACCCAUCAAUCACAGCAAGGUACAUACGUUUUCUACCAGUGGAGUGGGAAGAUGAGAUAUCAAUGAGAGUGGAACUGUAUGGAUGCGUGAAAG